UUUCUAUGGUUUAUGUGGCCGGUGCAUUUGGCGCCAUUGAGCGUGCAUCGUUGUUGGCACGUGUUGAUUUCGUGCACAUCCUAUGGUUUCCCGUUUCUGAACGAAAGCGGAGGAAGUGAAAGUACAGUCGUCUUUACAAGUGCUACCGACUUGAGGUGCUCAUAAGCUACACCUAUCAUUCAAUAUGCCGCACAUUGACAACGAUGUGAAGCUUGAUUUCAAAGACGUCUUGCUGCGACCGAAGCGCAGCACGCUCAAGAGCAGGGUGGAGGUCGAUCUCAACCGCACAUUCAAGUUCAGAAAUUCAAAAGCGACAUACACUGGGAUACCCAUUAUUGCCGCUAACAUGGACACCGUGGGGACAUUUGAAAUGGCACAGGUGCUGGCUAAGCAUUCAAUGUUCACAGCUAUUCAUAAGCACUACUCUGUGGAGCAGUGGAAAGAAUUUUAUGCAUCCAAUCCAGGCAUUUUUGAGAAUAUUGCUGUCAGCUCUGGCUCGGGUGAAGCAGACUAUGAAAAGAUGAAGGCCAUCCUGAGAGAGAUCCCCGCAUUGCGCUACAUUUGCCUUGAUGUUGCAAAUGGUUACUCUGAGGCAUUUGUACAAUUUGUGCGAUCCGUCAGGGCAGACUUUCCAAGCCACACAAUUAUGGCUGGUAAUGUUGUCACUGGAGAAAUGGUAGAGGAGCUUCUUCUCUCUGGAGCAGACAUAAUUAAAGUUGGCAUUGGACCAGGCUCUGUCUGUACUACGCGCAAGAAGACUGGCGUAGGCUAUCCACAGCUCAGCGCAGUCAUUGAAUGUUCUGAUGCAGCUCAUGGCCUUGACGGCCACAUAAUUUCGGACGGUGGUUGCACUUGCCCUGGUGACGUGAGCAAGGCAUUUGGAGCAGGUGCAGACUUCGUCAUGCUGGGUGGCAUGUUGGCAGGCCAUGAUGAGUCUGGUGGAGAGGUUAUUGAGAAAGAUGGCAAGAAGUACAAGAUGUUCUAUGGCAUGAGUUCUGCCACUGCCAUGGAAAAAUACCACGGAGGUGUUGCAGAAUACAGGGCAUCGGAGGGCAAGACCGUGCAGGUGCCGUAUCGUGGUGAAGUCCAAGCAACAGUGCUCGAUGUCCUGGGUGGUCUGCGUUCGGCUUGCACCUAUACAGGAGCUGGUCGGCUCAAGGAGCUCACUCGUCGAACAACCUUUAUCCGAGUGACACAGCAGCUGAAUCAAGUGUUCUCUCAAGAAGCCUGAUAAUGUACUUGUAUCUUCUGGGCUUGACUGGUGUCUGUUUGAUAUAGGUUCUGCGCUGAGCAUUGUUUUUGUGUUACUAAAAGUGGAAGAAUCUCAUGUUAAAAAGUGUGAAAACUGUUAAUGUUGUUGUAUGGCAUACUUUGCUGCCUCUAGAUAAUGUAUUAUUUUUCUUGAGAUUGACUCACUGGUGGCACCAAGCAGACAUGCAAGCAACUACUGUUGACAGAAGUGACACAUUAAAUGAUGCAGUUGUUAAAAUGAGGCAGACAGGAUAGUUUUUUUCCUUUCUCUCUUCACAACACCAGAAAUGUCAAUUUUAUCUAAGUUUUUUUUGCAGCUGUUCAACACAUUGAACUGCUGGAAGGCGUAAAAGAAAUGUUAAGGUGAAGCAUAGCACAUUAACCGGAAAGUAUGGUGUAUGCUUUUAGGUGGUUAUGUUCUAUGUUUUAUGUUUGGUAUUGCCUUGCACGGGGCUUUUUUAUUUCCAGUUUAUAUGCUUUUAAGAAUCAGCUGCUUCAGACAUUAUAUGGUAGAGGUGGUUAUAUUUUACAUUACACCAGCUUUGGCUUACAUUACCUAGGCAAUUUUGAUGUGGCAGUUUUUCAACCAUGAUUGGAAUCAAGGGCAUGGCUUUAAAAGCUUUUUGUUGCAUUUUAUUUUUAGCUGUCUACGUUUGUGUGGAAGCCUUCAGAGAUUUCUUCGGAGCACUUGGUUUUAUGUGCAUGUUUAAUUCAUUUUAUCAACUUUUUUUUUUUUUUUCAUUUUAUCAAGAAAUGGUCUGCUCAUCCGUGCAGGUGCCAGUGCGAUAUGUUUGAAAAGUAACAUUCAUCCUGGGUUAUACCUUUCAUAGUGUGAACAAGUUUGCUUACAUCUAAUGUUUGGAAACUGCUCAGUUGUGAAAUUACCGGCCAUGUGAGGUUAUUCCUUGCUCUACAUAUUUGUGGUUAUAAAUUGUCUUUAAACUAUGUUCUUAACUGGAGACAAAUCAUUGCCCUGCCCUGUGUUGCAUUCUUAGCUGCUGUAAUGGUGGCACAGGUGCUUGUGCCAGGAUUAUCUGUAGUGUUGACAGUAUGAAAGAAAAGUGGCUAAGGAUAACUACACUAUACCACUGCAAAUACUGCAGUUGAAAGGUAUGAAUACUAACACAGAAAUGGACAGCAGGCUAAAUAGACGCAAAUAAAGUAAGAAUUGCUUGGGUGCCAGAUGGAUGCUUUGUCUAGAGUUCACCGCGCUCUUUGAAUUGUACCACAUGUAGGCUCACAGCUACACACUGAUGACUCCUUUCUCUUGUAAAUAUGCUACCAUUGACCCUAUUCUGUUAAAACCAAAUCCCCGAAAAAAAUUAGCGUAACAUUUUCUUCAAAUUUAAAUGCUGAAAACCAUUGUUUGCACUAGUUUCUACUUAUGGAUGGUGUUAUCAUUUUAAUUUUCUCGUCUUUUGUUGAGCUUUGCAUAGGUGUGAAACUUUAGUUCUGUUGCUCACAGUAGUGAAAAAAUGGUACGAGUUGCGAUUUGGCCUUGCAAUGGCUACCAGACCAGCUUUUGAGUUCAGAAAGUUUAGAAAGCCAUAAUGGGCAUUGGCAUUCGCAAGUCCUACAAAGGAUGUGGUAGCAAGUGCUUCGUCAUACUUAACUUUAGCUUGUUGCACAGGGAAAGCUGCUAAACCUUCAUGUAACAGGGUAAAGCAAGUAAUUUUUAUUUUAUGGUAGUUUGUACUGAUUUACAGUGUUGAAACACUUUCCAUAAUUUUUUUUUUUUCCAUAUGAUAUUUUUUGCCAAAGGCACCUUGAAUUACUCCAUUCCUGGGAAUGAAAGAAAAACGGAUUGACGGGCACAUCGUUGGUUGUUAGACACAGCCAUUAUGGAGCCAAGGAAAAGCAUAGGGGUUAUAGUUUUUAACUGAACUGUUGUAAUUAUGACAUAAAGGGAAACUAAUUAAAGCAGGCAAUAGAAAACUUCUCACCGGUGAGCACCAAACCCAAAUUAUCUGCAUUUGCUUUGUGUGUAAUACGAAUGCACGUCAUUUCAGUUAUAACACCCCCUAUGCAUCACUUAGCAUCAUACAAUUCCUAAGAAGCAUUUCUUUGUCAUGUUAACAUUUAGCAGCAUUUGCCUUUUGAAUUUGAAAUCGCUUAGGCAGAUGGCCAUCCUAAGCAUUAAAGUGUUUUGUUGCAUCGGAGUUCUAUACCGUGGUACUUGGUUAGACGUGGCACCUUGCAUCAGGUGUCUUGAUUCAACUUGGAAAAUUGAAUAACACUGCUUCAUGCUUAUGUAGUGGGCAAAUUGAACUUGCUGAAUGGUCAGUGCUUGACCAUGUGUUGCUCUACACAUGAAUAUUCUCCAUAGUUUGAUUAGAUGAAAUAGCCUUAAGUCUUAUCAUGUGAUGUCGUACUAAUUCUUGAUUUCAUGCAUUGCAUAGCUCAAGAGGAGAAAGAAAAAGUUGCUGUUAGGCAACUUGACAAGAACAACUCCUCAUGGGCCCCUGAACGACCUCGAUAUUUUUUUCAAACAUUUCGAGUAAACAUGCGCAUCGUGUACAGAAUGCCGUCACGAUCAACGAUGCCACAAGUGGCAGCGCUACAAGCCGUGGGCGCACCACAAAAUCCAAGAAACAAUCCCUUUUCCUCUCUGCGUCUUUUCGGCCUCCCUAGUGACGUGUGUGAUGUGAACAUGUCGAAUCUGUGAUGCGGUAUGCAGGCGAUGCUGCGAUUGGUCGAACAAGAGACUACGACUUCCGGUUACUCUGCAAGCAGCUGCCCGCGCUCGUUGCUGUUCACUUGCGAAUCGGUAACUGCGGCCCGUAACGCAACUGCCAAAUCGCUGGCAUACCAGCACAGUCACGCCUAGCGUUCUGACAAGCUGCGCGGACUGAUUCCAACAGUGUUUUGCGAUGGCUUUCACGUAUCUGUGUGCGGUGCUUGGCUGCAAAAGCACUGACUGGAAAAACGAAAAGACGCGACACGUCACCGUAUGGGUCCAUCAUGUUUGGCGAUCCUUUGAAGGCGUACGCACCACAGAGAGGUCCAUACCGGCACUAUUCGUAGCAGCUAACGCCGUAGCAACGGCGUUAGCCGAGAAGCACGGAGUUCAUGGAGUCACGGCAACCGGAAGUGCCCGCUGUUUCUAAGAGCGCGUCAGCGAUGACGGUAUGUCACUUAAGAUUGUGAGGGGCACUCGGCGAGGAGGGCAAAGCGGCUUUGGGAAAGGAGACCAGCCGACAAGCGGAGGGUAGCGAAGGAAAGAGUGAAACGAGCAAUUGCAGCUUUUCGAUCAUCAAACGCGUGUAACUCCGCUAUUAUGGCACCAUUUCGAAAAAUUCUCACGGCUACAUGUUCGUUGUCGUGUGACAGUUGUGCACGAGUCUACAACUAAAUUGCGACCUCUGGGUGGUUUAGGGGCCCUUUAAAGAGACACUAAGGAGAACAGUUAUCCAACCUGUGUUGGUAAAUUGCUGUUCUGCAGUGCCACAAAGAUCACUCUUACCAUGAUAAGGCUGCUAAGGCAGGACUGCAAGAGCUGAGCCAAACCGUGAAAAUUGUUGAAAUUGCACCACGCUAUGCCGACCAGAUUUAAAAUUUUCUCAGUUGCACUAACUUUAGCAAGAAAUGGAGGCCGCGUUGGCCAUGUGCAGUUUGGACAUCAUCAUACAGUCCAAUCCAGAUGCGCAGACCCUAACCCUAACCCCACCGCGAAAGAAAAGAAAAAAAGGACAGUUUCUGAAAUUUCCUGGCUUUGCUCUAUUGUCUGCAAAACACUUUUUAAGCCACUUUCACUGCAGUACAUUGGUGCCUUGCAGAAAAGUGUACUAAGAUUUAGAAGAGGCUAUUGUACUAGUUGUAACGGGACACAACCCCUGUCUAAAACGGGAGAAAAUGUGUUAGGAUGAAUGCCACUGUUCUGUUAGCUUUCUUACUGGUUGGGUGUUGUCUUUAAAAGUGGAUUUGGCUGUGGCGAGGCCUGCUUUUUCGACUGUGAACUUGCUGUACAUUAUUUUGUAUUUAGUAGUAAUUGGCAUCUGCAGGGUGCUGUUGUUUAGACCAAACUUCCUAAUCUUUAUGUGCUGGCAAGUGCCAUGUUUCUUCAUUUCAACUCUGUAUACUCGUUGGUCUGGCUAUGCAUGAUGCUCAUUUUCCGAAGGCAGAUCUGCUAUCGCUCGUUUAUGCAUUUACAAUAAAAAUAGGAUGUUCUUUCUUAAGUCUUAAUGCUGUCUAGUCACUGCAUAGAUUUUGUGAUCGGAAGGUUUGUGCAGCAUUCUCUGGUAGGAGUGUCAAUGUCAUGGUGACCGACUGUGUCAGAUAUGUGAAGAGUAGCAGAGUAGGUUGAAAAAAGUUGUUUGAGAUGCAUUCAUAUGUUGUGCGUUUCUGUUGAAAUGUUGCAUACUUCCUGCUCCACCAAAGUUUUCAUUCUAGGUUUGUUUAUGUAUUUGUUUUGUACACGUCACUUCUAUUUUUUUUAUAAGGCUGUGAUUUUAGGUCCAAUGCCACUGUAGGGGAUGACAUAUUUGUUGCAAAGUUUUCUGCACCCACUUUUCAUGAACGGCCUGUCUCUAAUAGGUUGUUUUGCUGUUUUGUGACUGGACGUUGUCACUGGUCAUAAGUGGUUGACAGGUAUUUUGAAUGGGUGCAAAAAUUUCAGUAUUACUGUAUCCAGAAAGUUUAGGUUUACUUGACCUCCUAGAAGGCAACUAGUGGCAAAGGUCAAGAUGAACUUUGUAGUGGCUUCUGAAGAUAUAGACUUAAGCAGUCAUUUUGCCAUAUUGAGAAGGAAUCUCUGGUAACUUUGAUGUAGUGUAUUGCAUGUUUUGCAACUAUGCUUCUUUUACACAUCAUUGGUAUCAAUUCUUGCUGCACUUAGUCUUGGAAUGUUUGUUUAAUCAAAUGUGUAUGUAAUAGUCACGAAGGCCCGAAUCUCUUGCAGUCUUCCAGUGACUAGUCACUUAAAAUUGUGAUUUUGUUGUUGCCCGAUGCUGUUCGGUUUGCUAACAGUCUGAUUACUAUUUUACUGUAUACACAAUAAACGGUUUUCACAAGUUG